CUGUGCUUGCAGGCGCCCUGGCUGAGGAUUCCUCCAAUCUGUGAACCGGUGGGCAUGUGACAUCACCCCCUCCGCCCCAUCUCUCCCUCCUUACAUCAGUGCAUCUGGCCAAUCGGUGCUCAAGGAGAUCCAGUCACAUGAGAAUCCCCCCCCCAGUCUUGGUUACCAUGACAACGAGCACUGGUCCAGGCAGCAUCUUGCUGUGGUGAGAAAAGAGGAGGUGGAGGGCGGGGGGGAAGAAGGCAGGAGGAGAGGCAGAAAGAGAAGAGGAAAGGGAAGAAGGAAGACAACAAUUCCAUUCUGAGGAAUAGCUUUUGGAUCUUCAGCUUGUUCCUGUCUUCAUUCAGUACAAAUGAAGAUUCCUGAGGCUGGGAGUUAAAGCUCUCUACCAGAGAGAGGGUUUUUCCAGAGCUGAGGCUGGACCCAGAAGCCCCUUUCUGGGGGUGAGGGGGGCCUCGCAGCCCGGGAGUUAGUCUGGACCAUGGGAGAUGGAGGUGCCGGUGCGGCUGGAGGAGAUGGGGUGAAUCAGUCCCAUGUCCUGUUUGACAACUUUGUCCAGGCGACCACAUGUAAGGGCAUUCUCAAGGCCUUCCAGGAGCUAUGUGACCACCUGGAAGUAAAGCCCAGUGAUCACAGGAUCUUCUAUCACAAACUCAAGUCCAAACUCAACUACUGGAAGGCCAAGGCCCUCUGGGCCAAGCUAGACAAGAGGGCCAGCCACAAGGAGUACAAGAAGGGCCGUGCCUGUGCCAACACAAAGUGUCUGAUCAUUGGUGCGGGGCCAUGUGGCCUGCGUACAGCCAUCGAGCUAGCUUUCCUGGGGGCCAAAGUUGUGAUUCUGGAGAAGAGAGAUGCCUUUUCCAGAAACAAUGUGCUGCACCUCUGGCCCUUUACCAUCCAGGAUCUCAGGGGUCUUGGGGCCAAAAAGUUCUAUGGGAAGUUCUGUGCUGGUGCUAUCGAUCAUAUCAGUAUUCGUCAGCUUCAGCUUAUGCUUCUCAAAAUGGCACUUCUGCUGGGCAUCGAGAUCCAUGUGAACGUAGAGUUUAAAAGCCUUAUUGAGCCUCCUGAAGAUCAGGAAAGUGAAAGUUAG